AACACGCUAGAGUCGUCACGAAAAUGAAUAAAGGACGAUACGUUAAUUUCGCGAGAAAAACCAAAAAUAGAGGCAGAAGUGUAGCUCAAGCUAGUAAAACGGGGAAAAAUAGUGAAUAUUUUGAUAAAAAUGCUAACAACCACGAUGAAGCAGGUCAAACAUCGCGUGGGCAAGUUAUGCGAUCUACAUUGAAGUUCUCGGUAAAGGAAGAAGAAGCUGAAAUCAAAUCAUUGCUCCAACUUUAUCAAAACAAUGUCAACCCCGAAGAAGUGACAACAUUCAAAAGCUUUCCUUUAUCGAAGAAAACGCUCACCGGGCUGUCUGAGGCAGGAUACAUCAAGCCUACAACAAUUCAGCGUAACUGCAUUCUACCCGGACUGCGUGGUGAGGAUAUUUUAGCGGCCGCCAAAACUGGAAGUGGGAAAACAUUGGCAUUCCUCAUCCCGAUCAUAGAACGCUUGUAUACUCUGAAAUGGACUCGCUUGGAUGGAUUAGGUGCGCUCAUCAUAACUCCAACAAGAGAACUGGCUCUGCAAAUAUUUGAAACGAUGGCCCAGAUUGGAAGCCAUCACGAUAUUACAACAGGUCUCAUUAUCGGUGGACAAAAUUUGAAACACGAACGAAAUCUACUUCAUAAUCUUAACGUGAUGAUCAGCACACCAGGACGAUUGUUGCAACACAUGGAUCAGAAUCCGCUUUUUGACGCUACAAAUUUGAAAGUAUUGGUCUUGGACGAAGCCGACAGGUGCUUAGAUUUGGGCUUCAAGUCUGCAAUGGAUGCAAUCCUGGAAAAUCUGCCACAGAUAAGACAAACCUUGCUAUUUUCGGCGACUCAAACCAAAUCCGUUUGCGAUUUAGCACGUGUAAAUCUCAAAGAUCCUCGCUGUAUAGCUCCUCACGAGCAUGAAGCCAUCGCAACACCUGUGAAGCUGCAGCAGAGCUACGUGACAGUUGAACUGCAUGAGAAACUUACUGUGCUAUGGUCUUUCUUACGAACUCAUCCAAAACAAAAAAUCAUUGUGUUCUUUGCUACCUGCAAGCAGGUGAAAUAUUUUUAUCAAGUCUUAAAGAAGUUACGUCCAGCAAGUUUGCUUUUACCUCUAUACGGAGGGAUGAACCAGGAAAAAAGGAAUAAAAUCUAUUCUGAAUUUUGUGGGAAGAACAGUAACGUAUGUUUGUUGGCAACCGACGUAGCUUCACGUGGUCUGGAUUUUCCUAGAGUGAACUGGGUGGUACAGAUGGAUUGUCCAGAAGAUGUCACCCAGUAUAUACAUCGUGCCGGGCGGACUGCUCGACUAAAUGCGAGCGGAGAGAACCUACUCGUUCUAAUACCUCAUGAAGUACCAGUCAUGUUAGAGUCGCUUGCAAUUGAAAAAAUACCGAUCAAACAGAUAAAAAUCGAUGAUCGUCAGCUAUUUUCUCCUUUGGUAAAAAUUCAAUCACUUUUAGCUCAAUCGCCCGAACUGAAAGAAUGUGCCAAACGUGCCUUUACAGCAUACGUUAAAUCGGUCGCAUUGAUGAAGAAUAGGGAAAUUUUCCAACUGGAGAAACUUAAGCUAGACGAAUAUGCCAGGUCACUUGGAUUAAACGUUACCCCUCGAGUUCGUUUUCUCAACCGUGCUAUGAUGAAAAACAAGUUAGCACCUUCUGCAAAACAAAACUCUGUUAGCAAAACUACAAAUAUUCAUAUCGACUGCGGCGAUAGCGUUGAAGAACAAAGUGAUGAAGAAGAAUUUCUUAAAAUUAAACGCAUGGACCACGACUCAAAUCAGGCAGACGAUAGUAUUGAUCAACAAAAUUGUACCGUUUCAAUGUCGGUAGAACCAGCGAGCACAGCUAAAAAGCGGAUUUCCAAAGCAAAAAUGGUCAAGAAAUCAUUCGUCGUUAGCAAACAUACCUUGUUUAAUGCCGAUGGCAUGCCAGUGUCUGAGGGUGAACCAGAAUCUGCGACAGAACGGUAUGACAUAGAAAAAGCUCGAUUACUACUUCAAAAUCAAGAUGCAGCUGAUAAGGAACGCUAUAAGUCGUUGAAAAAAGCUAAACGAAACGCACAGAAAGAAAAAGAGCGUAAACGUAAAGCCGACCAAGAUCGCGAAGAGGACCUCAAUGAAGAUUUCAGCAGUGAUGAAAACGUCAAUCUUGAUUGGUUACCGGAUCCAGAAAAAAUUUAUGGAGAGAUCGAUACACAAAAAGAUGAAUCUGCCAUUGGAGCUUGUUCAGAAAAAGAAAAAUCAACUGACUCACAUCCAACUAAAAAGAAACGUAUAUUAUUGCAAAAGGCUAAGGAUUUAACGUUGAAUGAAGCCGAAGAAUUGGUAAUGAAACUGUUAGUCUAAAUUUCCUUUAUUAAUUAAAAUAAAAGCUGUUAAAUUGAUA